AUGACGUUUGUUUAUGGAGACCCUGUAUUAGAAAGGAGAGAUCAAGUUUGGGAACGUCUUACGCGUUUCUCAACAACAAGAAAUGGACCAUGGUUCAUGAUAGGGGACUUUAAUGAAAUUACGGGUCACAAUGAGAAAGAAGGUGGGAGACAACGCCCUGAUAGCUCUUUCCUUCCUUUUAAGCAGAUGCUUAAUGAUUGUGGAAUGUUAGAGUUCCCUUUCACGGGGCAUAUGCUCUCAUGGGUAGGGAAGAGAGCAGGAGGAUCGACAGUUCGAUGUUGUUUAGACAGAGCGGUAGAAAAUGUGGAUUGGCAUGAGAAGUUUCCCCAUAAGAAUGUCAAGUAUAUGAGGUUAUGGGGAUCAGACCAUCGUCUGAUUCUUGCAGACAUACUCAUAAAGCCAAUGAGGAAAUCAAAAAAUUUCAAGUUUGAUAAAAGAUGGCAGGAUAAUGAGGAGCUAAGGAAGCAACACAAUGUUAACUUGGCAAAACUAGUUGAGGAGCUGAAAGAAAAAGUGAAGGGAUUGUAUGCGAAUGAUAAUGCUACAACUGAGGAAAUCGCAGCAGCGUUGAAAGAACUCUCUGACGCUCUUAAGGCAGAAGAAAUGUUCUGGAAGCAGAAGAGUCGAGUGUUUUGGCUAAGAGAAGGGGUCAGGAAUACAAAAUUCUUUCAUGCCUUAACAAAGCAAAGAAGAGCAAGGAAUAAAAUCACACAGCUUCUAGAUGCAAAUGGAAAUACAGUUGAGGAUGAAGAAGAGUUAGUGGCCAUUUCUACUAGCUAUUUUAGGCAGAUUUUUGAAUCAUCUAACCCGGAGGACAUUGAAGAGGCACUAGCUCAAGUUCCUACGACGAUAACUGGGGCAAUGAAUGACAACCUUACAGCUCCGGUCUCUGAAUGGGAGGUCAAAUUAGCACUGUUUGCUAUGCAUCCAGAAAAGGCCCCAGGACCAGAUGUGAUGACUGCGCUUUUUUAUCAGAAAUUAUGGGAUAUUGUAAAGGAGGAUUUAACUCUUAUGGUUAAUAAAUUCCUUUUUGAGGGGACGAUGGCGAACAGACUAAAUGAUACGAAUAUUUGUCUCAUCCCGAAGACAACUAAGCCUACUAAAAUGGCUCAAUUUAGGCCCAUUAGCUUGUGUAACGUCAGCUACAAGAUAAUCUCUAAGCUCUUAUGCCAGAGAUUGAAGAAAGUGUUACCAGGCUUGAUAUCGGAAACCCAGUCAGCUUUUGUUGCUGGAAGACAGAUUUCAGACAACAAUAUGAUUGCUCAAGAGAUGUUCCUAGCUCUCAGAACAAAACCAAGUGGACGCAGUAAGAGGAUGGCCAUUAAGACGGACAUGAGCAAAGCAUAUGACAGAAUGGAAUGGUCGUUUAUUGAAGCUGCCAUGCGCAAAAUGGGUUUUUCAGAAACAUGGAUCAUCUGGAUAAUGCGGUGUAUUACAUCGGUGAAAUACAAGGUGGAGCCCCGUGAAUGUGACGAAGUAAUGAAAAUAGUCAGAAAAUAUGGUAAAGCAUCAGGUCAAUGUAUCAACUUCGAUAAAUCGUCCUUACAUUUUGGUAAGCGGGUUAAUGCAACUACUAGACAUGAGAUAAAAGAUGCACUUGGAAUACAAAACGAAGGAGGAAUGGGAAGUUACUUAGGUAUACCAGAAGACAUAAGUGGCUCAAAGUGCAAACUGUUUGCUUUUCUCAGAGAUAAGUUGAUGCAUCGAGUGAAUGGAUGGACAGGCAGAUGGCUCUCAAAAGGAGGGAAGGAAGUGUUGAUCAAAUCUAUUCUGCUAGCCCUUCCAACCUAUGUUAUGUCUACUUUCCUGCUCCCUUUGGAGAUAUGUGAAAACUUAGCAAGUGCAAUUGCUCAAUUCUGGUGGAGUUCAAAUCCCCCAAAAAGAGGAAUACACUGGGCAAAAUGGGAAAAGGUAUGUUUACCAAGGGAAGAGGGUGGUAUUGGUUUCCGUAUGAUCCAUGAGUUCAAUCUGGCAUUAUUGGGAAAACAGCUAUGGAGGCUGGUUCAAUUCCCUGACUCCCUGGUUGCACGAGUAUUGAGGGGAAGGUACUAUAGAUUGAGUUCGUCACUAAGAGUACACUCUGCUAGUAGCACUUCGGCUGCAAGAAAGUUGUUAUUACUGGGAAUCAGACAGAAGAUACAUUCUGGCUAUGAAGUCAGAGUGUGGGAGGACCCAUGGAUUCCAACGACUCCGGCGAGACCAGCUAUUCCUCUAAAGCCGGUUAUGCACCCCAACAUGAGAGUCAAUGAUCUCAUUAACCAGGAGUCGAGGGAUUGGGAUGUUAGUCUUUUGGAGAACUAUGUCAAUCGUGCUGACAUACCACUCAUAAGGAGUUUGGCCAUAAGCUCGACUCAUCGUCGUGAUACAUUCUGCUAG